AGACACCGGUGACAAUUUUACAAAUGUCUAGAGAGUGUGUACUGUAGCUCCACGAUCAGGAAGGAAAACUCGUUUGCGUGAGAAAUACACUCGACCUUUGACCUCAUGGCUAGUACUGAGAUCCCCAGUGUCUCCCCUACACCAACAGACGGGGUCUCAAAGCCACCAAACACUCUGACUGCAGCUGAUAUUGCAGUACUUGCUAUAUAUUUCAUAUUGAUUCUGGCAGUGGGACUAUGGUCUAUGUGGAAAACCAAAAGAAGCACAGUUGAUGGAUAUUUCCUAGCAGGCAAAAACAUGACUUGGUGGCCGGUGGGCACGUCUCUAUUUGCUAGUAACGUGGGCAGUGGGCACUUCAUUGGUCUGGCUGGAUCAGCAGCUGCAGCAGGCAUCGGUCCAACUGCGUAUGAGUGGAAUGGGAUGAUGGUGGUUCUGCUUCUAGGCUGGGUUUUCCUCCCUAUCUACAUAGCUGCUGGGGUGACAACUAUGCCAGAGUAUCUUCAAAAGAGAUUUGGAGGCAGAAGAAUACAGAUAUUUAUUGCUAUAUUGUAUUUAUUUAUUUACAUCUUCACAAAAAUAUCGGUGGAUAUGUACGCAGGAGCGGUGUUCAUUCAGCAGGCUCUGGGCUGGAAUAUUUAUCUUGCUGUCAUUCUUCUCCUUGUCAUUACUGCUCUCUAUACAGUAGCAGGUGGUCUUGCAGCCGUCAUCUACACUGAUGCUGCUCAGACUGUCAUCAUGCUGAUUGGGGCCCUGACACUUAUGGGCUUUAGUUUUGUGGAGGUCGGGGGCUGGCAGGCCAUUUUAGAUGGGUACAGCAAUGCCAUUCCCGCAAUUAGAGUCCCAAACACCACUUGUGGGAUCCCUCGCGAGGACGCCUUCCACAUUUUCCGGGAUCCUGUGACCUCUGACCUUCCCUGGCCAGGGGUGGUGCUGGGAAUGUCAAUCCCCUCCAUUUGGUACUGGUGUUCAGAUCAGGUUAUAGUGCAGCGAUCACUGGCUGCUAAGAACCUGCUGCAUGCUAAAGGAGGCUCUUUGCUGGCUUCCUACCUUAAGGUCCUGCCCUUCUUCAUGAUGGUGUUGCCAGGCAUGAUCAGUCGAAUCCUCUAUCCAGAUGAGGUUGGCUGUGCAGACCCUAAAGUUUGUGAGCAGGUUUGUGGGAAUUCUGUGGGUUGCUCAGACAUUGCCUACGCCAAACUGGUUAUGACCCUCCUUCCAGCAGGUCUGCGCGGUCUAAUGAUGGCCGUAAUGAUAGCUGCUCUCAUGUCAUCGCUGACCUCCAUCUUUAACAGCUCCAGCACCCUGUUCACCAUGGACUUAUGGAGAUAUUUCCGCCGUGCUGCCUCAGAGUGGGAGCUCAUGAUCGUAGGCAGAGUGUUUGUCCUGGUCUUGGUGGUGGUGUCUGUGCUAUGGAUCCCCCUGGUUCAGGCCAGUCAGGGUGGCCAGCUCUUCAUCUACAUCCAAUCUAUUAGCACCUACCUGCAACCGCCUGUCAGUGUGGUGUUCAUGGCAGGCUGCUUUUUGAGAAGGACAAACGAGAAGGGAGCAUUCUGGGGUUUGGUGCUGGGGCUGCUGGUCGGCAUUGUGAGGAUGAUCCUGGAUUUUGUCUAUCCUGUACCACAGUGCUACGAGACAGACACCAGGCCUGAUAUUAUUAAAUACAUACACUAUCUGUAUUUCUCAAUCAUCUUGUCCCUGCUAACACUUGCUGUGGUGGUGUGUGUCAGCCUGGCCACAGAGAAACCCACAGAAGAACAGGUAAGUCGGCUGACGUGGUUUACACGGUUUGAUCCUGUGAAAAGCAGUGAGGCCAGGACAGAAGUUGGAACCUUUACCAUCAAUAACAGCUUACAUCAAGAAGAUGGAAAUUUGAAAGACCACACAAAUGACUCGAGUACACGCCAUGCAGAGACACCCUCGAAGCUAAAGUCCACUCUGCUCUGGCUCUGUGGGAUGGAGAAGGAUUCAGAAGGAAAGCGUCCUCCUCAAACACAGCCUGAGGUGUUAGCGUGCUCCCUGGAGGAAGAGCCCUGUAUGAGACAUGUGGUAAAUGCCAACCUCAUUAUCUGCCUGUCAGUGGCAGUGUUUCUUUUUGCCUACUGGGCAUGACAGUCCUCGACUGUUAGCAAAGACUGCAGAAGAUGAAGAAGCAAAGGGUUACGUUUGUUGUAUUUAUACACAACAAUGAAGCAUUUUUACAAGCCUCACUGGGAUCCAGACGAAAUGUUCUUAAUUGUAGAAUUCAUUCUAAGCUAAUCUUUGUUUUUAUUAGUUACUAUUUAAUAAACACUUUAAAAUAAACCAACACAGCUCAAA